GCGAAAUUUAUUCGACUGUAACAAAUUAAUUCGAUAUUUUAAACUAUUAUUAACACUGAUAUUUUGCGGCGAUGGCAAAUAUUCCAGCAGCGACGGCUAAUAAUGGACUAGCGGCGGAAAGAGCGGCUCGCAGCCCGAAGUGCUCCAGAUGUCGGAACCACGGCUUCGUCGUGCAGCUGAAAGGCCAUUCGGGAAAGUGUCGGUUCAAGCGGUGUUUGUGCUGGAAGUGCUCUCUCAUCAACGAGCGGACGAGAAUCCUCGCGUCUCAAAGGCGGAUCAGAGCCGAGCGUCCUGAGCGCACCGCUUUAUCCGGCAGGAAAUCGGUCUCCGCGGGUAACGGUAAUUUAACUGACGAGGUAAACGCUCAAACCGACGCCAGCGCGAGAAAGAAGAGUAACGCUAGACCGCCGGCUGACGAUAAAUCGUACGUCGAGCUCCACGCGCCGCUGAGCACGUGCUGUCCAGACAGCGCGGGUAACCGUGACCCGGAGACAGCGGCGGGACCGAGCGCGCAGAACUUUGCCGUUGAAGGUGCACCGCCUUUUUCUGGAGAGUACAUGGUUAAAGAGGCGGUUCCAGGGCCAAUUUAUCCAGCAGAAAUGUUUGCGAUGCCUCUUCCCAUGUGUCAGCAUUACCUGGACAGAUACAUGCUCCCAGCCGUGUUCGUGACCCUUAGACCACCCGCUCCAGGAGCCUUCAGGGAACAUGUUGGGUUUGUUCCUUUGCCAGAAGGGCCGCUGUCCCAUCCGCUGGAGACUCCUGAAUGGCAGAUCCACGUUCCGCAUUAUAGUCCCUGCGCCACGUAUCCAGGGGUGAGAGAUGAACCUUCCCAGCAUUCACAGAGUAACAUGGACUGAGAGGAAGGAAGAUCUGAGCCUCUUCUUCAAGUCGCCAGAAUCCCAGAGUCAAGUUCUUGGCAUCCAGCGAGACGGUCUUUCUUUGAGGAACGAAGAGAUUUCAUUGUUUCCAAACCAUGAGUUUUCCUUAUACUUCUUCAGCUUUCAACAGCAUCUACAACGCAUGUUCAUUACUGAGACCGUUGUAUUCAUGAUUUUCAGAAGACAGCUGAAAUCAAUGGCGUCUUUGUUCCAGUUAAAGGCAACCGUUUUAAAUGUCUUUUUACACCACAAUCGGUUUAUUACCGAAUCGAUUACGCUAUCAUUUGUUGUUGCAGGUUAAAAAGUUGAACACCUGUUGUUUGUACCUUUUUUUGGGCUCAAGAUGUUAUUUUCCUAAAUCUAAGCGUUUUAUGAAUAAAGAGUUCCGUUUUGAAGGUUUACUGUCUUUUUGAUUUCGCACUGAAGCAGCUCUCGACUCUUAAAUCGGUAAUUUCUAUUAUUAUUCUCCCCUGCGUAAGUCAGACUGAGCAUGAUCCUGUUUGUAAAGAGACAUUAAGAUUCCCAGGAUGAACAUCUCACUUCGUUUGCUUAUCUGAACCCAGACGGCACAGGAACGACACACCGGCGGAAUACUACAACCAGGACCGGUGGGCAGAUAAACUAAUUACAAUCUCAUGAAUAUUAAUGUGCUCCUCCGGCUCGGAGCAGCGCUGAACGCACAGCUCUGAUCCGAUGUGUGCCAAACUCAAGUUGUGUACAAAAUGUAAGCAGAUAAAGCAGUGUGUUUAUUCCCACUGCAAAUACAAACAUCACUGCAAAGAGAUUUGAUUUGCUGAUUGAUUCAGUACAAGUAGGAGAGAGUCUCUCUCUACAUAAAAAAAAAAAAAAAAAAAAAAAAAAAAAAAAAAAAAAAAUUGUAAAUAAUUUUUAAACUGGGUUUUAUUGGUGGCGUGCUAACAUUGGUCUGCUUAAUACAAACAUAAAAAAUUAAUCUUCUGAAAUGCGGGCAAGUCUUGUACAAUACAAAAGUGUUUGCCAGAAAAAGAACAAAGGCGUUCUUCAC